ACGCAUAGGUUUAGAAGAUCAAGUACUUAAGUCAGAUUGGGGAGAGUUAAAAUGAAUGCACGCGAAUAUCGUGAUAGUAAAGUAUAGUACAGAUAGGAAUGCCAUUCAAUGGCAAUUUUAUAGUAACAAGUAUUAUUCGAGCAUGGAGUGAAAAACACGGUAUAUACAACUUCUACAAUAUGUUUUUACAUGAUACACAAUCUACAUGAUCUAAAUUUAACAGAAGCACGAAAUUUUAUGCUAAUAUUUAUGAAGAUGUGAAUUUUAAUUACGUUUAAUUAUGUUUUAAAAACAGUGUGAACUUUUAUUGUACACGGUGGAUAUAUCAAACAGUGUCAAAAAGGAUAUUGGAAAAAUUAACCGGCGUUAACUGUGGAAUUAUGUCGAUAAACAUAUAAAAAGAAAAAAAGGAAAUGAGUAAACGAGGAGAUUACGAGCGGAUAUCAAGUGUGUACGAUAGUGCUAGAUCCGCAGUGGGUUCUGACGUCAUUUGCGGCAUGAUACAGCUUUACACCGGAAAGCCAAUGAAGGAUAUACAUGUUUUGGAUGUUGGAUGUGGAACAGGUAAUUAUGCAAAAGAUCUAAUCGAGUAUGGAGUCGGUCAUGUAAGUCUGUUAGACGCAUCCGCUAGUAUGUUAGAAAAAGCAAAGGACAAACUAAGUGGUGCUGCAGUUGCAAAGAAGGUGGUCGACAUAGUGGAAGAAACAAUACCACCGCUACCUUUUCCGGAUAAAACAUUCGAUGCUGUGAUGUUCAAUCUUGUUUUGAAUCACUUAGAUGACGAAAAUGAUGAGGAGUUCCCUACAUGUAUUGAGGCACUGAAGGAAGCAAAAAGAGUUCUAGGGCCAGAAGGAUUGAUAAUCAUUUCAACAGUUUUACCAUCUACAGUACAGCACGCAGUUUGGUAUACUCAGCUUAAUAUGUCUAUGACUGAAAGAUAUGUGAAAAGACUACCUUCAAUUGAACAAUUCGAAUACAUGUUUAAAGCGGCAGAUGUGUCAUGCAUUCAGAAAAUGAAUAUAUUAGGUUCCGAUUUGCAAAAGAAAUACUACUAUCUUGAGGGUCCGCUUGAUUCGUCCUGGCGAGCAGACCAUCUUUACUGGCUCAGCUCUACAGAGAGUGAGCUGAAUGCUGUCAAACAAAAAAUAGAAGAACUAAAAUGUAUGGGAGAAUACGAGGAAUGGGUCAAACGACAUGAUCAUGUAAACACUGCUGGCUUCUUAACAAUAUUCGUCUGCAAACCGAAACAGAAUAUAUAACUUCAAAUAGUUCUGAUCGUAUGAUAUAACCGAAGGCUUAACAACAUUUAUCCAGAUAUCCCAGAAUUAAACCUUACUCAGACAUACGGAAACGCAAGCUAUGCAAGGAAUGAAUAGGAUGUUUUGUGUUAACUAAUAUAGUGACACCGUUAUAACCCUAAAGGUUUAAAUAAAUGAUAUGGAAGCUAAGGUCACAUCUGUCCAUAAAUUGCCUGGGAAUAAAUGUACAGAGAAGGAAAUGCUACGUGUGGUAUGGCUGGUAAUUAGUGGUUAAUUAAAGAAUCUUUGACAUGUUUACUGGAAAAUGAUACGUUCUUUUUAUAGAAUAAUAGAUUUUCAAAAUGUUUUUAACAAACUAUUAAGAGUGCACCAACUUGUGUGACAAAAGAUUCUGACAAAAACUUUGUUGGCUAAAAAUUCUAGUGCUUUUGUCGCAUGUUGUUCAUUGAUUUAACUGGACAACAAUAGAGCUUUAGUUUGUUUAAACAACAUCAAAGCAAAUAUUUUAUCUUAGAUAGUGUAUCAUUUAUUAUUCUUUUUUCAGCAUUUUUAUGUUAAUCUAAUAUGUUAUUCAUAUUCACCCACUGCUAUAUUCAGAAAUCGCGAACACUAUUCUUUUAAAACAAGCUUAACGACAAAAUUCACAGAAUGGUGUUUUUGAGUGUUUUGAUAUAAGAAUAUACAUUAAAUAAUAUAUUUUUUCCUUUAAUUUAAUGCAGUUAGUCGUAGAAAAGAAUAAUAGACUUUGAUUCCUAAUGCAUUUUCAUGUGUUGAAUUUGAUACAGAUUUAUCUUACUCUGAUGCAUCUACUAUUCGACAACUGUAUUAGGUUGUUUUAUGUAUACUUGGAAUGCAUGUGAUUGCUUAUAUUUUAAUAAUAAUUGUUAGAAUAAUUUGGACAAUAUUUUCGGAUUUCAGUGCUCAUAUGAAAUGGAGAAUGUUUGUGGCACUUAAAGCUAAAUUUAAAAAUAAUAGCCAGGAUCAAAGAAAAUCAUCCUGUGUCUUGAUAUUAUCUAUUUUUGCUGUCAUAUUUUAUUAUAUUGUCUAGUUUUUACCAAAAUACAAUUUGCUAUUGUCUAGUUGUGCCUGAUUCACAACACCAGAAACAAUCACCAUAACAUACUGAUUUAACCUGUAACAUAUGUAUUACUACACAUCUUAUAGAAACAUUCUUUCAACUUUUAUCGACAUUUUUAUAUACAUGAGCUUUGUUAUAUGUUUGAGAAAUACAGAUAUAAAUACAAUGUCUCAUGAAUAUGUUUUCAUGUAACAGC